AUGUUGUCUCUUCACCGCUUGAUACUCUCCUACGUCAUUGCAAUCUCCAUUGGCCUUUGCAUCCGCAGUGCGAACGCCUCCAUUGCGCCUCGAUCGUAUUUCUCCAGUGUUCGCACCCCUCAGUCACCAAACGACCGCGUUAUCGCAGACGCCGCCCAUUUUGCGGUGGAUCAGCUUCGCGCACUGUCGGACUCUGGUAUCUACACGACGCUGUCGCUGUCCAAGAUCCACGCAGCAGCGACGGAGCUAGGAGACUUCCAUUACGUGAUCCACCUACAGGUAGCGCUAUCGUCGCCCUAUUUCCGCAGUAAACGACAGGAAGAGGACUUUGAGAUGAUGGUACUUGAGAGCAAGCCUCGUAUAGACGAACGUGCAAGCGGCAAGUUUAACGUCACUCGCAGUAUUGCAAUCGACGAAUUUCCAGAAAUGGACGAAGACGCUAUUGAGAAUUUCUGGGUUAAAAUGGUGGAAGACAGACGUCAACGGCGUCGUGAGCUAUUCGAGCAAUGGGAGCGGGAAGACACACUAGAAAACGCAGAACAAGACGCUCCCCAAGUUAAAUCAAAUGAAGUGAACACGGAGCAACCAGAGAAAGUGACAAAGACGCUAACACUCGACGAGCUCCAGCAGAUGCCUACCAAGCAGCUCCGUCAGCUCCUCACCACACCGGAGAGCACAGCUCCUCUCCGCGCCGCCAUUUCUGCCAUCCUGGACGAACGCCUAACACUCCUGGAACAGCGCGAAGAGCAGAUGAAUCUUCACCGCGACGAGCUGUAA